ACGCCGAUGAUAUCUUUGAUUUGCGUACUAUGUACUACGAACUAAGUCUAUUAUUGUAAUUUAUUGCUAAGGAAUGUGUUAAUAAGUUUAUUUUAGUCAGGUUAACUCUAUCAUCACACGUGGAGUCCUGAAAAGUACAACUAUUGAAAUUUCUGGCUAGUUGCCAAUUUUACAUCUGUCAAAGUAGUUUCAGCUUCAAUAAGUAUAUGAACGGUGCGGUUCGAGUGCGCUCGGUUACCAGAGCUAUAUUCAAUUGCCAAUACUAUCAUAAUACAAUCAGAAACAUGCGUUUUAUUAAACUAUCACAAACGGACGACAUAAUGCCCACCGUGGGCUUAGGGACAUGGCAGGCUGAAUCAAACAUUGUAGAGUACGUCGUUUAUAGAGCCUUGGAACUGGGAUACAGGCACAUUGAUACAGCAUUUAAUUACAAUAAUGAAGAACCAAUUGGGAAAGCUAUUACAAAGUGGAUUAACGAUGGGAAAGGUUCCAGAUCUGAUGUGUUUGUUACGACCAAGUUACCUCAUGUUGGAAACAGAGCUUCUGAUGUUAACAAAUUUGUUGAUCUCCAACUUAAUCGACUUGGUCUGAGCUAUAUAGACUUAUACCUAAUACAUGUACCAUUUACUUUUAAAUGUGACCCUAAGACACUCACCCCAGUUGUGAAGAGAGAUGGAGAAUACGAGCUAGAUACAACAACGGAUCAUGUUGAAAUAUGGAAGAAACUGGAAGAAUGCCAACAAGCAGGACUUAUUCGUAACAUUGGUUUGUCUAAUUUUAAUCAGGAACAAAUACAAAAUAUUAUAAACUACGCCACAUUCAAGCCUCAAGUAUUGCAAGUUGAACUCCAUGCUUAUUUCCAGCAAUACGAACUGCGUAAAUUUUGCGCUAAGCAUGGUAUCGUAGUGACAGCUUAUGCACCUCUUGGUAGUCCAGGAGCAAAGGAUCAUUUCGUGAAUAAAUACAAGUAUAACCCUAGCGUCUUUCCCGAUUUAUUUUCUUUGCCAGCAGUGCAAGAAAUGUCAAUCAAGUAUGGAAAAACUCCUGCUCAAGUCUUACUUCACUUUUUAGUUCAACAAAAAAUUGUUGUAAUACCAAAAAGUACAAAUACUCCAAGGCUCAAGGAAAAUAUUGAUAUUUAUGAUUUUGAGAUAUCUAAAGAUGAUAUGGAAAUUUUAAUUAAGCUGGAUAAAGGAGAAAAGGGAAGAAUUUUUAACUUUUUGUUUUGGAAAGGUGUGGAGAAUCAUCCUGAAUAUCCAUUCAAGCAUUUGGUCGACGCUAAGGAAGGCGAAGCUUGAAAGGGAUUUAAAAUUAUUAUUUUAGCUGUAAUUUUAGUUAAUCAAUGAUUCUAGUCAAGCAAGUACCUCCUGUUUUUAAGUCAAUAUCACGCCUUUUUACGUCUGUUAUUCUUCUGUACACUUGUAACUACGAAUUGUGUUUACGCAUUAGUUUACGAUAGUGAAUUAUUUAUUGAAUAUGUAUGCACACUCAAGUGCUAUAACAAACACUUAGCCUUAACACCAACAUGUGUAAUAAUCAGUAAAACUGAUUUCCUUUAAAUGCUUAAAGCAAAGGACCAUUGACGUGUGAUCUCUGGUAAUAUAAUAAAAAUAAAUACAAUUACGAA